AUGGAGAAGGACGUGCAGACUCUGACUGCCCGUUUCGAGGAGGGGGAAUGCUUUUACGCAAUCCUCAGCGUGAAGAAGGAUGCAUCUGCCACUGAAAUCAGGAAGGCCUACCACAAAUUGGCCCUCCAGUUCCACCCGGACCGAGUGCAAGGUGACGACGCGGCCCGGGCCAGGGCCAAGAGCGAGUUCCAGACCCUGGGGCGCAUCUACGAGACCCUCAGCGUGGAAGAGAAGCGAAAGUUCUACGAUGAGACGGGCUCGAUAGAGCAUGACGAUUUCCUAUCGAGUAGCGAGGACAAGAAUUGGGAUGAGUACUGGCGCCUGCUCUUCAAGAAGGUCACCUCCGAUGACAUCGAGAACUACGCCAAGUCGUUUAAGGGUUCAGAGCUAGAGGCUUCCGACGUCAAGCAGGCCUAUGUCGAUCACGAGGGCAACAUGGAGCGCAUCAUUGACACGGUGGUGCUGAGCAGCUGGGACGACGAAGACCGGUUCCGUGCCAUCAUCGACGCUGCGAUCAAGGCGGGCGAGGUACCGACCUUUGACGAGUACGAGGCGAGCGCGAAGAAGAAGCAGAACAAGAAGCGCACCACCGCCGCGGCCAGACGGCGCAAGGCGCAGGAGGAGGAAGAGGCCAAGGAGGCCGAGGAGCUCGCGCAGAAGAUGGGCCUCAGGGCGGGCGGCAAGAAGGGCGGCGAUGACGCGCUCAAGCAGAUGAUCCUUCAGAACAAGGGCAAGUCAGAGACACGCUUCAACUCGGUCAUCGCCAACUUGGAGGCCAAGUACGGCGGCAAGAAGGAGACCAAGAAGAAGGGAGCCGGACGCAAAGGCAAGAAGCAACAACAACAAGAAGAGGAGGAACUCAACGACGAGCCAACAGAAGAGGAAUUCCUUGCGCUGCGGAAGAAGCUCGAGGAGAAGAAGAGCAAACCGGAAGAGAAGGCGAGAAGCCGAAAGAAGAGGAGGAUCGAGCAGGACGACGAGGAGGUGGAACUCCACGAUGACAACGAGCCAACGGAAGAGGAGUUUGAACAGGCGAGGAAGCGGCUGGAGGAGCAGAGGAAGACCAAGGCAGCAGCCGCCACCAAGAAGACCACCCAGCGCGGCGCCGCCAAGACCGGCGCCAGGGGUGGUAAAGGCAGGAAGUAA